GGCUUUCAGGGAAACUUUUGGAUUUCCUGCAACCCUUGAAAUAUUCGCGCAUGUCUGCUGGGUCGUUUGAAAAAAAUCAAAUUGUGUUAAGAAAAUAAUAUAAUAUCCUGAAGACAGGCUUACAAGACAUGGAUACCUAAGACCUGCAUUAAGCCAAGCAAAAACCGGAAAUGGUUUAGGCAUAAACAAUUUUUACUUUCAAUGCUGCGAUUGUAAAUAUUGUUAAAAAAUACACAAACAAAUAUUAAAAAUCAGAUGCUGCAAAGCAGUGUAAACCCAAAGCUGGAAGGGUGUGGAAAAGAAGGUAUUGCAAGUAGAUGAAAUUCAUACUGAGUACGUGUGGAAAUUCUAUAAUGCGGGGAGGCGAAAAGCUGCCAGAUAUCCUCAUAGAAAACUCAUUCAACCCCGUGGCUAAAAACGUCCAUCUGAUUUUUUUGGUAUUUCCUUAGCUUAUCUGUGUGGCGCGGAGCAAAAUGGUAUUAAAAAGUAUUAUUAUCGUUUUUAUUACCUUCCUAGCUCUGUUCCACAUACUUAUUUUUUAAUUUUACAAGACUUUAAAAAUUCCAUUUCAAAUCAAAACAGGGAUCAGCUGUUAUAAAGAUCAUGUUAUGCCUUGCCUAAGUACGGAUGCAAAUUAAAACAGUUUAAUAAACACAAGUCCAUUUUAACAAGGUUGGGAGUACUUCAUGGCCUUCUAACAAACACAAGUUCUGAAAAAGUACACAAAUUGGACGAUGCAAAUGGCUUUAAAAAUAAAACCGCUACAUGAACUUAAAGUAUGUUAUAAAAAUUAUUGUAAUUUAUAUAUAAGGUCUGCCAAAAUAUUCGUAUAUUUAUUGCAGUACUUAAAUCACUGAGAAAGAGAUAAAUUAAAAAUAUUUAUAAGAUCACCAAAAGGUAUGUCAGGUAAUAAAAAUGAAGAUUAUAAAGUAAAACUAUCUGUUAAUCAAGAAUAUUUGUGUGUAUGUAUGUCCGUAUUAUUCUUGUUUAUAAAUAUAAAAAGUGUUCCAUGCUCUCGAGUGUGUUUUUCAGAAACGAAUCUUGUAUAUAUGGAGGUACACUCGUACAUAAGCGAAUUUCUUGUAUACCAUAAAUACAUUCAAAAAUAAUGUCUCGUGAACUCGGAAUCGUUUCAUGUAUUUUUCAGAAAAUAAUUUUCCUUAUUUUCAUAUGUUCAUGCUCUCUCGCUAGGCAUUUGGUGUUAUUUUUGUGUGCUCUUAUGUUUAACAGUGCUUAAAGUUGUAAUUAGAAAACACUUAUGAAAUAUAAGUAAAUUUCUGUUAUUACAAUAUACUAUUUCUCCUGGACACAAACAUUACACAUAAAUAUAUAUACAGAACAUAAAUAUUCAAAUUUUGUUGUAUAUCGCAAUCGCCCAUGAAGAAAAUGUGCAUUUAUAAAUAAACUGAUGUGCUUACAUAGCACCUUUAUUAGUGUCGGAAUAUAAUCAUCUUUGAAUCUCACUACAAAUGUUACACCCCGUUAUGAUAAUAUGUGAUGUGCUUUAAAAAAACUUUAGCCGAUGGUUGUUUGCGAGUGGAUGUUUUUUAAAUCAAUAUGUGCGUAAAUUUGUGCCAAACAUAAUAAUUUAUACGCCCUCAUAAAAAUACAUCGCAAUAAGAAAAUUUAAAAAACUGAAAGGUAUUUUUCCCACUUUACUUUAUGUGCUAACAUAAUAUGGAAGCCGGAUCAGCGAAGUACCUGACGACCUUGAGAAGCCCUAUUGCGGCUGUAAAAAAAAGGUCAGGACCAUUGGAUAAAGCGCUUGAAGAAGUGAACGACGAUCUACCUUGUUCGAAAAUAUUCCUUUCGCCGUCUUCAGAUGUCUUUAGCACACGUAAGCCAGAUAAUUUUGCGAGCAAGCAUUCAGGAGGAGUUCCUUUAGUUAAUAGAUUACGCCGUCGUAGCACAAAAGACAAGGAAAAAAAACGUGAGCGCUGGCUUUUAACUCGAAAAACUUGGAGAUAUAUGACAGAUGCUGGUCGCAAGCUCAUUCCCGACAGCUAUCAGGCAGGGUCGGACAACAUUGAUUUAAUCGAAGAGCAAUUUCAACGAGUGUGUCUAUCUGAACCAAGUUUUAUUUUAUGGAGACGAAGAACCUCGUACCCAGGAGCAAUCAGCAGCUCUAAGCGGAAAUUAAAACUAUUGUCGAGGCACGCAUGUGCAAGCCGUAGAGAGAAUAGAGUUGAGCCAUCGAACAAUUAUUAUAAUACCGAUCGUACUAUCGAAUUAUUGCAGACAUUUCUUAAACUUCGCGAUGCAUACAAAACAACAACGCUACUCGGUACCAAAACUAUUCGACCUGACCAAACAUCAUCACCUAGUGCACAGAGACCAAACUUUAGAACAGAGAAUGAAAAGGAUCAAAUAAUGUCCUCCGGCAUGACUCUUGAAACAGAGCUUACGUCCCGUCUGAAACUUUUAUCUAAUUGCUUUAGUUUUGCACAAGAAGGAAUUCAGUUGCAACUUGGCGAUGCACCCGAAAUCAUUCUUGAGGAUAAAGUACUAUUGAAGAAAGUCUACAGCGCCCUCAGGAAACAACAGCUUCAUCGCACCUUACAUUCCAAAGAGCCAACUAAAUGUAGUGUUAAUCGGUCAGCUUCAUUGUCCAGCUUAAUAAAAAUUGGUAUACAUGAAAGUAAUACGUCUUAUAAGAACCAUAAGGUAAUAAAUGAAAAUUUCCAAUGUGUAAAAGAAUGUGAUACUAGCAAAAUUUCGCAAAGCGCGAAACAUUCACUUUAUUUAGAUCUCAACAAUGUUCCACAAAGCUUUGAGUUUCCGAAAAAAUGUCUUGUGAACGGAGAAAAAACUGAAAGAAUUCUAAAAACCUGUGGAACUCAAACUAGUUUUAUUCAACUUAGCGAACUAAAAAGUUUGGCGGAACAGUACAAGUUUAUGGUUCAAAAUUGCAAUAGUCAAAUAUUGGAAGAACUUGAUAAACAGGAUGGUUUAAAUUCUUCACGUUUAAGUUGUAGAAAAAGUUCGAUUGACGAAGAUAUUUCUCAGUCAGUAAGCGAUACGAUUAAGCGUUAUUUAAAAAUGGCGAGAAAAAAAAGUGUACAAGACUCUGAAUCAAAUCGAUUUAAAUCAAUUAACUAUGAUAAAAAUCUCAGAAAUAUCAAAGCAAAGGGCGAAAUUAAUCCGCCAGGACUCAAUGAUGGAUUAAAUAAGGCUGUACAAACUUUAGAUGCUUGGCCCCUUAUAGCAUUGGAUUUUAUUAGGGGCAACGAAAGUUCUAUAAACCUGCAAAACGCUCACUUAGAAUGGAUAAGGUCUGAGGAUGAAAGAAGGCUAAAACAGUUAGAGUGGAAAAGAAACCAAAAACAGUUUAGUGAUGAAGUGCAUACACCACAUACCAUUGAUCGGGAAAACUUCGUACAUUCAACGUGCACGUCUGCACCCACAUCGCCAACGAGUCAUUCUAAGUUGGAAAAGGCUAUAAGAACUUCCAGCGGAUUGUUUUCUUCAAGUUCUCAUUUUAUUUCAAACAUUUUGCACGGGCAUAGCAGUUCGGGAAGCCAUUUUAAUACGUUAAGAGACAAAUGUUCGGAUUUGACACAAGGAAAUGAAUCAGUAAAUAUGCAGAAGUCAAAAUCUUUAUCUAAUGUUGGACAAUUUGUAACCAAAAAAAUAUGGCGAAGUCGGUCGAAAAGCCAAAAUAGACGGAAUAUCUCUAAAGGUUGUACAAAUUUACCUUUACCUUCUCUAAAAUGGUAUCCAUCGGAGAAAUGUGUAUGGAUAUCAGAAUCCGGCGAAAGAUUUCAAAUUGUGGAGACUUUAUUGAUAAAGCUAUCAAAUACAGAAUCAGAUUUAGUUAAGGAUUUCGCCCUGGAAAAAAUUGAGGAACUGAAUAUUGGAAAUAUUGAAGAUUUGAAGAAAACGUCAAAGAAACGACGAAUAGCUCUAAAAAAAAAAUCGUUAACCACGAGCUUUUUUGAUAUUGGAAAGAAAGAUGAUCAGAAUGGUCGCAUUGUAUUGUUUGGAACUCCAUUGGAAUGUUGCUUAACAAGAGACACGAAGGAAAACGUUGAUAUAGAGGACCGUUCAAAAUAUUCACUAAUGUCAGUGUUUCGGGGAAGCGGUAGUAACCCAGGAAGUGUUAUGAAGCUAAACGAUAAUGUGAGAUCAUAUGAAAGCUUACCGUCUAAGUCCCUGGAAUAUGGAUACAUGGACCCCCCUGAAUGUUUUAGCGACUCUUUUACAAAUAUGUCAAAACCAUCAUCAUCGUUAUCCCAGUUGGAAAUCGGAAACGCUGAACAAUGUUUCGAAAAGCCGUAUCAGGAUCAACCACUACUUAUGGUACCAAUGUUUGUAAAUAACUGUAUCGAAUAUUUAGAAGAGAAUGGUUUACAAAAAGUUGGGCUUUUUCGAGUAAGCACAUCUAAAAAAAGAGUAAAGCAAUUGCGCGAAGAAUUCGAUAAGAAUAGUCAUUUUAGGAUUUCUGUUGAUACUUGCCCGCACGAUGUUGCAACCUUGCUGAAAGAAUUUCUACGGGACCUUCCAGAACCACUACUUUGCGACAGACUCUAUUCAACUUUUUUAAAAACGCAACGUAUACGGAAUAGACGCUUGCAACUAGAGGCUAUAUCACAUUUAAUUAGAUUACUUCCUAUACCGCACAGAGACACGUUGUAUGUCUUACUAGUAUUUCUAGCAAAAGUGGCGUCACAUAGCGAUGAUAUAUUCACUUCUGACGGAAAUUGUUUAAUGGUUGGAAAUAAAAUGGAUAGCAAUAAUCUAGCGACAGUAUUUGCCCCAAAUAUCUUGCGUAGUACACAAUUGACAUUGCCACGGGACAGAGAGCAAGAAAGUAUGAACGAUGCUAUUAAUGUCGUAAGGACCAUGAUCAAUCAUUAUGAAGAAAUUUUUAAGAUAUCAGCAGAAUUGCUUAAUGUUAUCUAUACUCAAGUCCUGGAAUCUUGUCCUGAAAAAUUAUACGAGCUAAUUUCAACGAAAAUAAGUGGAUCCGAAUGGAACCUACAACAAUUAGACGAGCAACCAAAAAGUUUGUCUGAUGGCGUCUUUGAGCCUCCGAUCCAAGAAAAAUGGCAUGACCAUAUUAAUCAAUUAAAUGGCUUAGAAAAACGACAAAAUAAAACAAAGGAUUUAAAAGCAACGUCUCAAUGUAACUCAAAUGACACCAAAAGAGGUCAGGAAGAAAGCUCCGAAAUUUUCACCGCUAGUCUGAAAAUAUCUGUCCCGGAAAAGUCUCUUAAAAACCAUAAAGAAUCUAUAGAAAAUAAAGAAAAUAAAACAUCAUGUCAAAAAAUAUCUGCGCCCAGAUUACCAACCAAUAUUUCAGACGUUACACCGUUAAGUGCAAAUGUUGUUCAAAUUGAAAAAACAACGAAAGCAGAUACUUCAAAUAAUUUCGUUGACAUCCAUCAAGCGGGUAUACGGAAGAAAGCAACUUACAAACGGGAGCACUUAAUACCUAGCUCACGACGAGUAAACCAAGGACCUUAAAUAAUAGUUAUUAUAUAUUUUUUAAAAAUGUUCAGUCAACACCUAUUGCCUAA